AUGUCCGACGGGCAUGCGAAUUCUGCUUCAGUCCUGCCACGCAUAUCAUGGCGUGAGAGGCUUGGUCGAAUGGUGCCGACCAUGAAGUACGUCCGUCUGUUUCAUGGCAUGGAGCCGAAGGAGUGGAUGUGCCUACUAGUCGGCAUCAUAGCCGCCAUUGCAGCAGGCGUACCACUUCCGCUUAUUGGCUUGCUGUUUGGUAAGAUGGUGAAUGGAUUCAAUGAGCAGGCAUGUGCGAAUCGGAGCGGCAUGCCAACGGAUCCUGCUCAACGAGACGACUUUCUCGACCAGGUUAGCACGCACGUUGUCCAAAUCAUUAUCGUGGCUGCCGUCAACUUUGCUCUUAUUUGGAUCUACACGUGCAGCUGGUCGCUUCUGGGAGAAAGAAUCGCUCGUCGUCUGCGUGAGCGCUACGUUCGUGCUGUACUCUCGCAGAACAUGGCGUUUUUCGACACACUCUCGCCUGGCGACAUUAGCACGCACCUAAGUGAGAAUCUGAUUUUGGUACAAAAUGGCACUAGUGAAAAAGUCGGCAUCUUUUUAUCGUCCAUCUCGUACUUUGUCACGAGUUAUAUCAUUGCGUUUAUCUUACUGCCGGAGCUGGCCGGAGAGUUGGUGUCGUUAGUGCCCGCGUUCUUGAUCGUGUCACUGGCGGGUGCCCAUUUUGUGUCGCGGUUCUCGGCGCAGAUGUCGAAUCAUCUAGGUGACGCAUCUAACAUCGCGGCCGAGUCACUCAGUAAUGUGCGUGCCGUCCACGCAUUCGAGGCUCAGAAGCCGCUCAGCAAAUUGUACGACUCCCACCUGCAUCUCGUUCGGCGCAGUGGAUUGUACCGUGCCUUAUCUGCUGCGACCAUGCUGGGCUUUCUCUUCUUCGUGGCAUACUCUGCGAACGCCCUCGCAUUCCAUUCAGGCAGCCGAAUGGUAACGGAUCGCAUGCGUUCAGAUGGAGACAAUGCAUCGAAUACAGUGGGCUCUGUGUAUACCGUCAUUUUUCUCCUGCUGGAUGCAUCGUUCGUCGUGGGGCAGAUUGCGCCGUAUUUGCAGACGUUUUCUGCGGCCGGCGGGGCAGGCAGCCAGCUUCUUGAUACCAUUCAGCGUGAAUCGCCGAUUAAUGCGCUGUGUGAGGAUGGCAUUGUCCCACGCAAAGAUACCCAGCCUCUUGGCUUUCGUUUGCGUCAUGUAAGCUUGGCGUAUCCGGCACGACCGAAUGCCCAAGUGCUCGAUGAUUUAGACCUGGAUCUGGAGCCUGGCAAGCGCAUUGGCAUAUGUGGCUUCAGUGGGAGUGGCAAGAGUACGAUUGUGGCCUUGCUGCACCGUUUCUAUGAUCCAAACGACGGCGACAUUACGCUGUAUGAUGGCACGCCGCUGGAUCAGCUGCAGGUCCGCUGGCUUCGCUCACAGCUGGGCCUUGUAGGACAAGAGCCGGUGCUUUUUGACUGUACGGUGCUGGAGAGCAUCGCUCAUGGCCUCGUCGGAAGCCCGAAUCACGACGAUGUACAGGAAGUGAUUCGUUGGCUCGCACGCUUUGCGUUUGAUCACGCCACGAUACCCCCUCAUUGGCAAGAACACUGCCCCCCUGAGCUUCGAUCCUCGCUUUCGCGUCUCAUGUCACUGUGCGAAGAGGCGGCUCGGCUCGCACAUGCACACCAUUUCAUUACAAGGUUGCCGGACGGCUAUGUCUCGCGCGUUGGCGACGCCGGACGGUGCUUGUCGGGUGGUCAGAAGCAGCGCAUUGCCUUGGCGCGGGCCAUUGUCAAGAAGCCGCGCGUCUUGAUUCUCGAUGAGGCCACAGCCGCUCUCGAUUCCCACAGUGAGAUGGCCGUACAGUCCGCCUUUGAUCGCGUGUCGGAGAAUCGCACGACGAUUGCUAUUGCGCAUCGUUUGUCGACCAUCAAGCAUUAUGACAAGAUCGUGGUCAUGUCGCAAGGGCACGUUGUGGAACAGGGCACGCACUCAGAGCUGCUACUGAAGGAUGGCUACUAUGCGAGUCUGGUUCGUGCCCAAAGUGAUGCAUACGAAGAGCCAGAGAAGUCAGAUCCAAGGCAUGACACCGACGAUACCCGUGUCUCCGAGACAUUCUUGGGCGAAAAAGAGGACACAGGUCCUUUUCCGCCUCCGAGUAUGGGCCUGCCUCUACCGACUCAGCCUGUGGUGCCUACCGUGUCACUGGGCGAUGUGGAAGGCGUCAAGACGGAGGAGUCCGUGCCGAAAAAGGUGCAUCUUUCGUACACGCGCUCGUUGGGGCGUCUGAUGCGCUGGGCUCUGUGCAAGUGGCCCUUCGCCUUGGUCGGCUUCUUCGCCUCUGCCAUUAUUGGGGGUGCUUUUUCUGGAGAGGCGGUGCUGUUUGGCCAUGUGAUCGAGGCGCUGAACCCAUGCAAAGCGCCCGGCGAAGUGGAGCAUCAGUCGGAUCGAUUUGCGCGGUACUUUUUUGUGCUGGCGAUCAUUGAGCUGUUUGCCUACUUUGUGAGUGGCUCUGCGUUUGGAUUCGUAUCAGAAUGGCUGCUUUUGCGUAUUCGCAAGCAAGUGUUUCGCGUGCUUGUGACGCAGCCUUUGGCCUGGUUCGAGCGUGAAGAGGCCUCGCCCUCGACGAUGAUGGCGAAUCUGGGCGCCGAUACGAGCAACUUGGGCGGACUGACGGGCACCGUCAUCGGCACCAUCUUUAGUAUUUUGGUCAACUUUGUGGCUGGUAUCACGCUAGCGCACAUUGUGGCGUGGCGGAUCGCCGUCGUGAUUCUGUCCAUGGUGCCGAUUCUGAUCAUGGCGGGAUACCUUCGCCUCAAAGUCAUUGCGGACUUUCAGAGGCGGCAUGAAACGGCCUAUGCGCGGUCCACAGCGAUGGUCAUUGAAGCAGCAUCGUGCAUGCGUACGGUGGCAUCGCUCGGUCGCGAGCGCGACGUGAUCCAGUUGUUUUCGCACAGUCUGGAAAAGCCGUACCGCGAGAGUAUGCGCCAUAUCAUCAUGGGGAAUGCAUGCCUGGCCGUGUCGCUGAGCAUUUCGUACUUUAUUUAUGGCUUUGCCUACUGGUGGGGCUCAAAGAAUGUGGCUGAUGACCGGUUUUCGCAAGUGGCGUUUUUCACCGUACUGCCAGCGCUGCUGUUUUCGGCCCAGUCGUCGGGCCAGCUCCUGGCUUUUGCGCCGGACUUUACGAAGGCGCAGGUGUCUGCUUCGAAUAUAUUUACGCUGCUGGACCAAGCGCACUGCCCGAUAGAGGCGCCGCGCCUUCGUCGGCGCCCGUUGUUGGAUCUCGAGUCGGAAAAGGCGUUGGCCCCUCUCGGUGAGCAUGGCCCCUUGGCUGUGUCGUUCGAGCAUGUGUGGUUUCGGUAUCCAGGCCGCACGGAGCCAGCGCUGCGAGACUUGGUGCUUCACAUCCCCGCCGGGUCGUUUGUGGCGCUGAUUGGCUCGAGUGGGUCGGGGAAGUCGACGGCCAUGAGCCUGAUCGAGGCCUUUUACGAGCCCACGGAUGGCCAAGUGCGCGUGGGAGGAUGCAGCACGACGUCCGUGUCGUCGCGUGCGCUGCACGAGCAUAUGGCGCUGGUGCCGCAGGAAGCUAUGCUCUUUGAUGGCAGUAUUGAAUUCAAUGUGGCACUGGGACUGGCGGAUCCGUUCUCAGCGGCCUGUGUGCGUGAGGAGACGCGGGCUCACCGCGUCAGUCAGAGGCCGCACACGGCGCCUGAUGAACGUGUCGUCCGGGCAUGUGAGGCCGCGCAUAUCCACGAGGCCAUUGCCGCUUUGCCAGACGGAUACGACACCAGCAUUGGUGCAGGAGGCAGCCAGCUGAGCGGCGGUCAAAAGCAGCGCGUGUCGAUUGCACGAGCGCUCGUUCGAGAGCCGCGAUUGCUCUUGCUGGAUGAGUCGACGUCCGCGAUGGACGCGAGUAGUGAGCAAGCGUUCCAGGACACACUGAGCAAGCUGCACGCCUCGCGCAGCUGCACGAUUGUGGCCAUUGCGCACCGCAUGCGGACGAUCCGCUCGGCGGACUGCAUCUUUUUGUUCGAGCACGGCCAUGUGAUUGCGCGCGGCACGCACGAUGAGCUCGUUCAGACGUCGCCGCAAUACCAAGCCAUGAUCUCGCACCAGUCGUUGGGGGCAUGA